AAUGUGUUGUAGCUUGCUUGUGGUAUAAUGACGCCUGCGUUAUCGGUAACACUCGGGACUCUCUUAGGCUGGCAUAUCUACCUUAUAACUCACAAUAUGACAACCAUAGAGUAUUACGAAGGAAUACGAGCCGCAUGGUUGGCGAAGAAAUCCGGGCUCUGCUAUCGUCAUCCGUUCGAUCUGAGUGUUUACAAAAACAUUACCUUGGUAUUGGGUCCCAAAGCACUGAAAUGGUUUUGUCCGAUAUCGACGAGCCAUCUGAAGGACGGAGUUAGCUUCCCGGCUUUGCGUGAUAGUUCGUAGAUGUUUUCGGCUUCCACCGGAGUCGUACCUCAUCUCAUCACAUUGUUUAAAAGGAGAAAGGAUGGCUUCAACGUGUUGGCCUCAGUAGGUAAAAUGGUCACCCAUAGAUGUACG